AUGGCUGCCAUCGCUACCGUCACCUCGACCUCGUCCACCUCGCAGGCGCCUCCGCCGCUGUGGAAACCCGCCUCUGUCGCCCCUCGCCAGCUCCCAUCGCUCCCCGCCCGCGCCGACAUCCCCGUCUCGUCUGCGCAAUGCGAGAAGGCACUGAACGCGCUAUUGAAGCAUGUCGAGAAGGUGCAGGAGGAGCGCGGCGAGCAAGAGCUCCUGGGCGAGCAGGAGGAGAAGGUCUUUUUGGUCGUCGGGUUGAAGCAGGCGCCGAAGCGCGAGACGCACAAGCCCGUCAGGAUCCCUGUCCCUCAUCCCGUCAUGAACCCCCGCGAGUCGCCUGUCACGCUCUUCGUCAAGGACCCGCAGCGAGAGUACAAAGACCUCAUCGCCUCGUCCAACAUCGGCUUCAUCUCGCGCGUCGUCGGCCUCGACAAGCUUCGCAAGAAGCACAAGACGUACGAGGCGAAGAGGCAGCUCCUCAAGGAAGCGGACCUCUUCCUUGUCGAUGACAGGGUCAUGGUGGAUGUCGGAAAGUGCUUGGGAAAGAUGUGGCGCGAUGCGAAGAAGCAACCUAUUCCUGUUGCGAUUCAGCGCAAGGACCUGAAGGUUGAGCUCGAACGCGCCAUUGCAUCGACUUACAUGAACGUGACGACCGGAACCGCUCUCUCCAUCAAGAUCGGCACGACCGACCUCCACUCCGCCUCUGAGCUCCUCGCCAACCUCGACGCCGUCCUGCCCUACAUCGCCUCGCGCAUCCCGCAAGCCCCCACCUCCUUCUCCAACAUCCAGUCCCUCCACCUCAAGACCUCGACCUCGACUUCUCUGCCUAUCUACAACGCCCCUCUGAGCGAGCGUUUCGAAGGUACUGGGUUGACGGCUGAGCAGGAGAAGGAGCGUGCGGAGAAGUUGGAGAAGAAGAAGGCUGAGAAGGAGGAGCGGAGGAAGAGGGAGGAGGAACGCGAGGCGAGGAAGAAGGAGCGGACCGCGACGAAGGAUGGUCAGGGGCGGUUUGAGAAGAAGCGCGAGCGGGAUGAGGACGAGGGCGAGGACGAGGAGGUCGAGGCUGCAGCGGAGGAGGAGGCGCCUGAAGCGAAGGAGCCCAAGGCCAAGAAGGCGAAGAAGGCUGCCGCAGCUCCUUCAGCGGGCAAGAAGGCGUCUGCCAAGAAGUCAAAGGCAUGA